GCGGGCCGCACCCGGCGCAGCCAUGUCCGUGGUGGGCAUCGACCUGGGCUUCCAGAACUGCUACAUCGCCGUGGCGCGGAGCGGCGGCAUCGAGACCGUCGCCAACGAGUACAGCGACCGCUGCACCCCAGCUUGUAUAUCACUAGGAUCCAAAGCCCGAACGAUCGGAAAUGCAGCAAAGAGUCAGAUUAUCACAAAUAUUAAGAAUUCGUUACAUGGGUUCAAAAAACUUCAUGGGAGAACACUUGAUGAUCCUUACAUUAAAGCUGAAAGAAUCAAACUGCCCUAUGAGCUUCAGAAAAUGCCUAAUGGGAGUGUUGGAGUAAAGGUUCGAUACUUGGAUGAAGAGAGACCAUUUGCAAUUGAACAGGUUACAGGAAUGUUAUUGUUUAAGCUUAAAGAGACAUCAGAAAGUGCUCUUAAAAAACCUGUAGCUGACUGCGUAAUUUCAAUCCCAUGUUUUUUUACUGAUGCUGAAAGAAGAUCGGUAAUGGCAGCUGCACAAGUAGCAGGAUUAAACUGCCUCCGGCUAAUGAAUGAAACCACUGCAGUUGCACUCGCCUAUGGAAUUUAUAAACAAGAUUUGCCAUCUUUGGAGGAAAGACCAAGGAAUGUGGUGUUUGUAGAUAUGGGACACUCUGCUUACCAAAUUUCCAUUUGUGCUUUUAACAAAGGAAAAUUGAAGGUACUAGCCACUACGUUUGACCCAUUUUUGGGUGGCAGAAACUUUGAUGAGGCUUUGGUAGAUUACUUCUGCGAAGAAUUCCGAGGAAAGUACAGAUUAAACGUGAAGGACAAUGCUCGGGCACUGCUGAGGCUGUAUCAAGAGUGUGAGAAACUGAAGAAGCUUAUGAGUGCCAAUGCUUCCGAUCUGCCCAUGAACAUCGAGUGUUUCAUGAACGAUCUUGAUGUUUCUAGUAAAAUGAAUAGAGCUCAGUUUGAACAAAUCUGUUCAUCUCUUCUGGCCAGAGUAGAACCUCCUUUGAGAGCAGUGAUGGAACAAGCUAAACUGCAGCGUGACGAUAUAUACAGUAUCGAAAUAGUAGGCGGAGCAACUCGGAUCCCAGCAGUAAAGGAGCAGAUUUGUAAAUUCUUCGGCAAAGAUAUAAGUACCACAUUAAAUGCAGAUGAAGCUGUGGCAAGGGGAUGUGCAUUACAGUGUGCAAUUCUUUCACCGGCAUUUAAAGUACGAGAAUUUUCCAUCACAGAUAUUGUUCCAUACUCAGUUACGCUGAGGUGGCAGUCAUCUUACGAGGAAGGAACUGGUGAAUGUGAAGUCUUCAGCAAAAACCAUGCUGCUCCAUUCUCAAAAGUUAUUACUUUCCACAAGAAGGAACCUUUUGAGCUGGAAGCAUUUUACACCCAUCCACAUGAUGUACCUUAUCCUGAUACAAGAAUAGGGCACUUUGUUAUUCAGAAUGUUGGACCCCAACAUGAUGGCGACAAUUCCAAAGUUAAGGUCAAAGUGCGUGUUAACAUUCAUGGUAUCUUCAGUGUGGCUAAUGCAUCCAUAAUAGAGAAGCAAAAUAUAGAGGGUGAUGCCAGUGAUGUAACUAUGGACACAGAAUUGCCUUGCAAGAAUCAAAGCAAAGAUGAACUGCAAUUUCCUUUCAUAUGUGAGGAUGAACCCCUCGACUCUGAGGAUGAGGAUAAAAUACAGGUUGAUCAAGAUGAAUGCAAUCACAGAAACCAAACUGAGCAACACAGUCAAGCUGAUGAGGAAACAGAUCAGCUUGGGGUUGAAGGAAAGACUGCUUCAGGAGACAAGCUUGAAAAUUCAGCUCAGUCUGGAAAAACAAAGACAAAGAUCAAAAGCAUUGAUCUCCCUAUUCAGGCGAACCUGUACAGGCAGUUGGGACAGGACCUUAUUAACUGCUACAUUGAAAAUGAGGGAAAGAUGGUGAUGCAAGACAAGCUGGAGAAAGAGAAGAACGAUGCCAAAAAUGCUGUUGAAGAAUAUGUAUAUGAUCUUAGGGACAAGCUGUGUGGCGUCUAUGAAAAAUUCAUUACUGAAGACGAUUCAAGGAAGAUAACGUUGAUGUUAGAAGAUACAGAGAACUGGCUGUAUGAAGAUGGGGAAGACCAGCCAAAACAUGUAUAUGUGGAAAAACUUCAGGAAAUGAAAAAAUUUGGCGAUCCUAUUCAUGAAAGACACAUGGAACACGAAGAGAGGCCAAAAGCUUUAAAUGAAUUGGGGAAAAAACUUCAGCUGCUUAUGAAAACUGUAGAAGGGUACAAAAAUAAGGAUGAAAAAUAUGACCACAUUGAUCCUGCUGAUAUGGAAAAAGUAGAAAAAUAUACCAGCGAGGCCAUGAAUUGGCUGAACUCAAAAAUGAAUGCACAAAACAGGCUGAGUCUAACACAGGAUCCUGUUGUGAAAGUGGCAGAAAUAAUAGCCAAAUCUAAGGAACUGGACAGUUUAUGUAACCCUAUUAUUUACAAGCCCAAGCCCAAGCCGGAGCCACAAUCUGAAGGCCAAGCAAAAUCUAGUAACGAACACAAUGGACCAAUGAAUGGACAAAGCGGCACUGACACAAAAUCGGAGGAGUCUAAAUCAUCCGAAGAAAUGGAUAUGGACUAAUUUAUGUUCCUUUCAGUCCAUUAAAAAUAGUGCAAGUAAUCAGAGGGUCCAUCUUUCUUUUUAUGUCUGAUACACAUUACAGAUGUUCAGUUACUUCAUCGACUUUCUGUUUGAAAGUGUUUUUCUAUUGAGUGCAUUCCCAUUGUUCAUUCCAUUGAUGCCGCUUUAUGUGGAGCUUUAGUUGAAUGUAGAUUGUAAAAGUCAGUCGAAGCUUUCCCGAUAUAUUUUAUAUCAGAUAGGCAGCAUUGCUAUAUAAAUGACAACAAUCUACCUUAUUUAAAGCUUUUAUUGUGGGUAAGCCUCUGCUCCUUUAUUCAGGAAAGGCCACUGUAUUGCACUACUGAUGCUGGAGUGUAGAUCUUUGCAUCUCGAUCUCGGAAGCUGUUGGUUUUGGUGUGGCUUCACCAUUGCCACUUGAAGCACUGACCUUUUUCUAGUUAUUGUACUGUUCUUAUUUAACUAUUAAAAUAGAGAUUAGCUGGCAAACUAGUUCAUUUUGUUGAUGUACCAUGAAAACUGUAAGAAUUUGUAGACAAAACAUCCAAGGCUUGAAGGAGCCCAUACCAGCAGCAUUCUUUGUCAUAAGACUAGCAACAUGACUGAAAAUAAAGCUCAUGGUCUCCAUAUACACA